AUGAAAGGUGGCACCGAGGGCAGUGUGCUGAGACCUGCAGAAUGGUUGUGUCUUCAAGUCGUGCCGUUGUGGAGGCCUGAAGAAAGAGGUUUGUGGGAAGAGAUUAAGAGGUCCCUGUGCCCCUUGUCCUGUGAUGGUUCCAAUAUCACGUGCUUGUGGUCAACACGAUUUGAGGUUCCUUGUGGAAUAGAGAAGGACCAAAAGCCUCCUAAAUGUCGAAAAUUAUGUGAAAUUCCUCCUUUGUGCAGGCAUGGGCCACACGUCAAGCCACACAAAUGUCAUUAUGGUGCUUGCCCACCUUGUCGGUUAAUUUGUGAAGAGUACCCAUGCGGACAUAAGUGCAAAUUAAGAUGCCAUGGUCCAAUGCCCCCUCCCAAACCUGAAUUCAUGUUUAAACCAACGAAGAAGAAGCCUUUUCAUCACAGUGAAUCUACCCCGGGGUCUCCUUGCCCAGAACUUGUUUAG